UUUUCUCCUCCAUAAUGUAAACAUGGCACGUUUGAAGUUUGGAGUUGAUUAUUCUGAUCUUUGUGGCAUUUGUAUUGAGCUAAUUUUCAAGUAGCAGAAAUGGAAACAUCCGUAGCCAGGAAAUUAUUCUCCUUUUCAUAUUAAUAUUAGAGUGCGAAGUGUUGUUUAUUUUUGUGUCAAAAUUGCAAGAGUCGAAAUCUUCUGAUAUGGAGGAGUCAACUGUUCUUAUACUACUAUCUUUAGUAAUGCUAAUUGGGAGCUACUUAGUGGGGUCCAUCCCCUUGGUCAUGCCCAUGUCAGAGUCCAAAAUGCAAAAUGUGUCUGUAUUGGGCGCUGGCUUACUGGUUGGAACUGCAUUAGCUGUGAUAAUACCCGAAGGAGUGAGAGCCUUGUUUUCCUCUGUUGGAGCACCUGAACUGAAACAUGCAUCUCCAACUGACCUCAAAUUAGAAGUCGAGACUACAGAUUUACACUCGCUCAUUGGAGUCUCCCUAGUUUUAGGUUUUGUCCUAAUGUUGCUAAUAGACCAAUGCUCCACAUCUUUUACAAAAGAUGUAGAAUCUGGAAUGAAUAUAAACAAUAAAGGAAACAUGACAGCGACGCUAGGUCUAGUUGUUCACUCUGCUGUUGAUGGUGUAGCGCUUGGAGCUGCAGCCACGACCACUCACACAGAUGUAGAAAUGAUUGUUUUUGUGGCAAUCAUGUUGCACAAGGCUCCAGCUGCCUUUGGUCUAGUUACUUUUUUACUCACUGAAGGUGUUGACCGGAAAAGAACGCGGAAGCACCUGCUAGUUUUUUCACUCGCAGCUCCUGUGAUGGCUCUUCUUACUUAUUUUGGCAUCGGACAGGAGGGAAAAGAGACUCUAUCCUCAGUUAAUGCCACAGGAAUCGCUAUGCUGUUUAGUGCAGGCACAUUUUUAUACGUUGCCACAGUGCAUGUCUUACCUGAACUCACGCUAAAAGCUGGUGGACAUUUUCGGUUUCAACAACUUUUCUUUUUAAUUUUAGGCACCUUACUCCCUCUCUUAUUAACAUCAAAUCAUCAUCAUUAGCUCAGGGACAGUUUUAGAUUUGUUUUAAUUUCUCAAGGUUUUUUAAAAAGUUUUGUUAGUUUUCUCAAUUUUGUCAUCUUACAUUUUCUUUUCUUUUCUUCUCUUUUUUUCCACACUACUUAAGUCCAAUAGAAGGGCAGUAUUUGGAGACUGUAGUGUUUGAACAACAAUCAUUUUUAACCUCAUUGUAUGCCCAAUUGAUACGCUACGAUCUGUAAUUAACGUUACGAGAGAUCCUCAGAAAAUGAGAUUUGUCAUUCAUUUUUCACUUUCAAAAAUAGUACAUUUAUUUAGAGGAUGAAUGAUUCCAACUUGCCAAAUCUAUUUUUAUUUUCAAUUUAAUGUUGGCUUAAAAUCCCCAUAUUUUCUCCUACCAUCUCCUUUUGCGUCUAGGAAUUUUGUGGAGAAAAAAGUAUGCUAUUGAGAUGGUAUGUAUCAUAUUUAGGGGCAACCAAUUUGUAGAGCUACAAGAUUAAAAACUCUGAGUCCCAAAUAGUCAACAGCAGAAGAUUACAGACAGAAGCUGAAGAUAUAACGUUAUUAGUUACUUGUGGGUGUUUAUGCAUGAGUGUGCAGUUUGCAAGAAAGUUUGCAAUGCAUUUGCAAGAGAGGAAUUUUGACAGUCGUUUUAACUCAAAUGAAACGUAGCAUUCAGAUUUGACUGAGCCAAAUAUUUUUUUGCAGUAUGCAAACCUACUUUGAAAACCCCAUUGCAUUUUAAGACUGAAUAAAUAAUUAUUGGGUCAUAAACAUAAUCAAGAAGAAUAGCUUAAUCUAAAUCUUAGAGAGGAAGUAUUAAGUGUAUAACAUUUACACACAUUAUUUGAUGUAAACUUUUAAUUGCAACACCUAUCCUCCAAUUGUCGGAUAUUUUUCAAGAAGAGUAAGACACAACUGAACUUGUUUUUUACAAUAGAGAUGAAGCAUAAUUCGAUGAACGAGACAUGAGCAUUGAAAUUAAAAAUGCCUUCUUUAAUUUGAUACAUUAAGUGUACAUAUUGAAUAAUAUCUCGUCUGAAGACUUUAUGUUAUGCCCUUCAUAAAGUCUUAAUGUAGCCUUGAAUUCUAUCAUCAUAUACAAUGUUAUUUGGUUUUCUUCCUACUAAAUGGGUAAUGGGUCAAUAGCACCCAUUAUUUCUAGUUUAUUUUCUGAAAGCACAGAGUGAACUAAGUUUCUAGGAAUUUUUUUCAGAUUCUCUUUGACCAUAAACGACAAAAAAAAAAACAAAAAAAACCUUUGUGGAAAAUGUCAAGAACGAAACCCGUUUGAAACUAUACUUUUGAAAGAUUUUGAUGAUGUAGCCAGGUAGGGGAAUCAGUGUUUGUUUAUGGCUGAACUUAGCUUCAAGCCUUACUUCAUCAAUUUGACCGUUGGCAUUUGAUUGGUCAGAUCUUUGUUAGCUGUUACUCCCCUUAAAACUGAUUUCUUGAAUUUUUUAAUGAAUUGAUUAGUUCUCUCACAAAAUUUUUUCCACAAAUAACCGAAUAACAACACUGCAAAAAUUCCUUGCCCGAAGAAUAGUUCAUAAGUUAUUAUUUUUUCUUUAGUAGGAUAGGGAAAGGGACAAGAUAAAUUGAUUAUGUUUGAUCAGGAGCCCUUAUUCUAGCAAAGUGACAUGUAAGAAAUCUAAUUACUGUAGAUGAGAGAGCUGUUUAAGUCAGGGGCAGAUAGGCAGGCGGGAACACGGAAAAAUCCUGUUCGGCCAGUCGAUGACUAAUGUGAUUGAUUUUGGACCGGUUUACCCCCUCGCACUGCAAAAAAAAGAAACAACUGAAAUGGAUGGGUAUUCCUGAUCACUUUUUUGGUGCCAGUCUGCCCCUGGCUGAAGUCCUCUUGUAAUCCAUACUACCCUUUCCUUAGCCUGAUUUUACAAGGAUGAGGUUAUUUAUCUGUGAUCCCUAAAAUAGUGGAAAAUGCAGCAUUGGCACACGUUCAUUUAUUUUUUUUUUAGCCUUUUAAAUCCAUUUCUAGCUCUGAUGAUCGUACUGGGUUUUUUCAUCCUUUGAGUGGGAGCAUUCAUUAUUUGAAGCCAAACAUUUCUUAUCACAUCUCUUUUUCCUGUCAAGCACUGCUAGCAAAGGCCAACUUUUUACAAACUCCAUUUUAUGAUUCUAGCCUCAUUCCUUCUGCCAAUUUUUUCCAAGAAUCAAGUUCAAAAUGUUGCAUUAUAUUAACGCCUUAUUUAUUCAUAAAUGUAUUCACUCAUUAAUUUUUUCCUUCUUUUCAUUAGUCAGUACAGUCAGUUUCAAAAUUUUCCUCCUCGGAAGUAACUGCUUAGUUCGAAAGCAUACAUUAUUGUAUGGAGAUAGUUACACCUGAGUGUAAAUUUUUCAGAUACAGUAAUGUCCCGCUUAGCCAAUAAUUUUUGGCAAGGGUUGCGUCGGAUAUUAGAAGAGUCAGAUAAUCAAAACUACCAAUGAAACACUGAAAAAAUGCCUUUACAGGCUCUGUCUGUAAUGGACUUCGUUGGUUAACUAGAGCGGCAUACAAUCGGGGCAUUACUGUACUUUUCUAACUGAAUACUUCAAUGUUUUGAAGUUUUAAAUUGAUUGAAUAGGAGGCUCAGUGUGUAUCAGUCAGAAUGAGGAGGCUAGAUUUUGAAGAGUAAUUUUACAUCUAAGGGAGUUACCUCUCUCAAGUCAGUUUGUUCCUUGUCUCUUAUGUCAGGCGUAAUUUCUACUUUCCUAAACAUUUUAAUUUUAUUUUAUGCUUUCUGUGAUGCUGAUGGUUACUUUUACUUGAUAGAUUAAUGCCCCACCCCUCUCCAAUUUUUUUUUUCCCCCAGUGUUUCACUUGGAUAUAACACUGUUUUCAGGUAAUACACAAUGAUUUGGCACUAGUUUGAAUAAGAUUUUUCUACCCCCCCCCCCCCCCCCACCUCCCUCCUGUUGCUUAUAAGCAGUUCAUUUCCUCUUUUGAUUAAUAGCUGUUGUAAUUAUUAUUAUUUUGUAUUCAUAUUUUUUGCUCAUAUUUUUUGCCUAUUUUUCUAUUGACAUUUGCUAGAAUUCAAUUGAUUUUCUUGAACUUUAUUGUGAUAAUUUCAAAUUGAACUUUGUUAUUAUCUUGUUUCUUCAUACUGUUUUAAAGUUUGAAAAGAGCCAAUCAUGCUUCUAAGUAUUCUAAGUUUUUAAUUGGUUCUACAUCUUAAGUUCACAUCCUUACAAGUUUUUUAAUCCCAGUUAGUUUAUUCCUUUAAAUUCUCAUCAAGACAAAUGUAGCGCAUUAAAUGUAGCUAUACCUUCUCUUGUCACUCAAAUCACAGAAAUAAUACAGGAACCUGAAAUGCAAGAAAUAAAAAUAUGAACUGCCAAUGUUCAUCAAACAUUCCAUUCAUUUUGCAAUGCCUCACGUAUGGCUCAUAGCGAACUAUUCGUACUUUAGAAUGAAAUUUUAAAAACUAAAAACUGGCAACUUCGUUAAUUUUGAAUAUUCCAAAGUUGAUGGGUUGCACAUUGUCGUAAAUGAUUUUUUUUCCUUUUUCCAAAAAAUAAACAUGAUGAUUGUAGCUAGGUAUUUGUUUAGGUGUAAGGCCUCACUUUUUGUACUUUUUUUUUGUUGGUUUUUUGAAUGAUUCUGUUGUGCAAUAAAAGUAGGACUUUUAUGCAAUCCUGUUACUGGAGGUGAAUUAUUACCUUCCAGGUUUUAGUUUGGUAUUUUAAUUGGCUAAAUGACUAAUUUAGCAAAAGAAAAAAGAAUUUAACAUACUUAAGGAUGAUUAAAGGUUAUUUAAAUUUUUUAAAUCAUCCUGAAUUGCAUCUGGUUAUUAUUGCUGUUUUAAAGUACCUAUGAAGACAUCGAAUUUGUCAACUUCAAAAUUGUUAUCUUUCUCAAUUAAAAUUUUUUUCAUUUUAAUUUUA